CCGGGCCGUGAGGGCUCCGGCACGGCCCAGCAGUGACAGUCCCUCUCCGAUAAAGGUGACUGACUGCAGGGCCAGGGGACUUGAAACAUGAUAAUGGAACCGGCCAGAGACGGCUUUUAUAACUUAGGUUGCCGUUACUUUAAUCUCCCGUUAACAGCGCGGUGUUGGCAGCAGAACGUUCGUGCCUCCAGGAUAGCGCUGGAGACGCUGUUGCCCAGACACGGGACCGGGGAGGAUGGUCACAGAGGUAUCAGCUGUCCCCAUUUCCCGUGCCUGGCAUUGCCAUUCUCGCCGUGCUUCCGUUCGAGCGCCGUGACCGGAGCGGACGGUCCCGCCCUUGGGGGCCCUUGGGUGGGCACACAGCGCCACCUGCUGGAGCUGUUGAGCGGCGGCAGAGCGGGGAGCGGCCACGGGGUGGCGCUGUGCGCUCGAAAGAGACGGCGCCGGCCCUUGGCUCAAGUUCGAUCUUUUGGUUGAAGUUUGAUCUUUUUGUGUUUUUCAGAUCCUGUACUGCGUCAGUGUAUAACAACGGACGCCAUAUAGAGUGGUAGUAAGCUCUCUUCACAUGUUGGUCAGACAAAAUGAUGUGGUGUUUGUGAGGGUUCCAGGAUGAGUGUUAAUAUGGCAGAAUAACCAUGGGAGACUGGAAUUUCCUUGGAGGCAUUUUAGAGGAGGUCCACAUUCAUUCCACUAUUAUUGGAAAGAUUUGGCUAACAAUCCUCUUCAUAUUUCGAAUGCUUGUCCUUGGAGUGGCAACUGAGGAUGUCUGGAAUGAUGAACAAUCAGAAUUCAUAUGCAAUACUGAGCAGCCUGGUUGCAGAAAUGUGUGCUAUGACGAGGCCUUUCCCAUCUCUCUUAUAAGAUACUGGGUCUUGCAAGUUAUAUUUGUGUCUUCCCCUUCCUUGGUGUAUAUGGGUCAUGCCUUAUACAGACUAAGAGCCUUGGAAAAAGAAAGGCAAAAAAAGAAAGCUCAGGUAAGGGUGGAACUUGAAAGCACUGAAUUAGAAAUGACUGAAAAUCGUAAAAGACUGGAGAGGGAGCUCCGGCAACUGGAUCAAAGGAAGCUGAACAAAGCACCCCUAAGAGGCUCUUUGCUCUGCACUUAUGUGAUACAUAUUUUCACAAGAUCUGCAGUGGAAGUUGGUUUUAUGAUUGGGCAGUAUCUUCUUUAUGGUUUUCACUUAGAUCCCCUUUAUAAAUGUCAGAGAGACCCAUGUCCAAACACAGUUGACUGCUUUGUAUCUAGACCAACAGAAAAGACAGUGUUUAUAUUAUUUAUGCAAUCAAUAGCAACUGUAUCAUUGUUUUUAAAUAUUCUAGAAAUUAUCCACUUAGGAUUCCGAAAAAUUAAAAUGGGACUCUGUGAGCAGAAUAAAACUAAAGAUGACUCUGAGAAUUUCUACAUAAACAAAUCUAAGAAAUACUCUGUGAUACCACACUCUUCUUUGGGAAUAUCCACCACCCCUCAGAAAACACUUCCUUGUGCUCUUAGCAAUUAUACCUUUUUGAUGGAAAAGCAAACUGACACUAUGCUCUACCCAGUUUUAAAUUCUCCUUCUGUGUUUCAGUCUGUGCAAAAUAACCGUACAGAAAGCAGCAGCAAUUACACCCAUUGCAAUCAGGAAAAUAAAUCUCCAAAGAAGAGGCCAGCUACAAAUGCUUUGGACAAUCAGACUCAAAAUGCUAGCACAAAUAAUAAUGAAGGCUUUCUUGGCGAGCUUUGGACUGAGAGGCAUGAUGCACAAGAAGAGGCUGAAAAGAAACAUUUUCUUGUUGAUACUCAGAAUGCAGAUACCACCUCAAACAUGUACUUGAGAAGCUUUGCUGAGAUGCCACCUCAAACUUUACUGCAAGCUGGUACAACUUUCCCUUGUACCAGUUCUAGACGACAGGCAAUGGUUGAGAGCACAGGAGCACCAACAAAUUCUCUUCCAAAGAACGGUGACAGAAGACAAAGCAGUUUCAGUGUAAACAAAACCCAAAUUCCUUACAGUGCUGAUGGAAAAAAUUCCAGCCGACCAGACACUUCUGAUUCUAUGGGGGUGGUGAGCUCAGAAUCUACACAAAGCAGAAACUGGAAUAGUCCUAAGCUUUUCUCUCUGUCUCGGCAACAGUCACUGUCAAGUAAUGCCAGCAGUAGGCGUGCCCCCACUGAUCUUCAAAUAUAGUGCUAAGGCAAAAGGCUUUCCUUUUGACGUGAAGAUUUCAUCACGUAUCAAUCACUCUUCAGAGCCUCUUGGGUAGGCACCUCUGCAGCUGCAGCUCGCUGCAACUUUCUCCUGUGAUUUCAGUCAGCUGCAGCUACUGAAAUUCAUUAAUCAGACACUCUGGAUUUCACAAACCAGAUGGAAAACAGAAAAAACUCCAGCGACCCGCAGGACAGCUCGCCGCUCCGCCCGAACAGCGCGGCACCGCCGCUCGGACACGCUCGGGCCCCGCUCACGGCCGGCCGCGCUCCGCUCCGGACUGCCGCUGCCACAGCUCGCCCUCUCCGCGGGGCGCUCCGGGGCCGCGUCCCGGGCAGCGGGCGGCACAGCCCCCGAAGGCUGAGCCGAGCCCCGGAACCGUCCGCGGCGAGGAGAGCAGGGCAGAGCGGGACGAGGGCCAGAGCUGCGCAAGAAAAGGGG